AUGAUUGGGAGGGAUUGCUUAAUUAAAAGGUUUAAGACAUGGAGAAUAAGAACAUAAAUACUGGUUACUCAAUUGAUCACGAUGAUUGUGUCUGUUACAAUCUUGGGAUUAUGUUUAUUUCUAAACUUUGAGGGGAUAUUUUAGGCCUUGUCGAAUGAUGCAGAGAAGAAAUUCAUUAUGAAUUUUAUUUAUCGAUAAACUAACUCAUAAUUAAAUGCCUAUACAAGGAAUCUCGAAAACAGAAUUAGAUAGGGUAUUUAUGCAAUAAAUGAUAUCAACCUCUUGAAUUAAUAAAUUUACAAUACAAGCAUGACUUUUGUAUAGAAUUCUGACAGAUGUCUCUAAGAAUCAUAUCUUAAUGGAAGUUUUGUAUUAAAAUGCUAAUAUUGUUAUGGUGUUUUUGAUUGUUCAAAUCAAAUUCACGCUCCAGAAUAAUACAGUUAAGAAUUUCUUUAACUUUCUAAUUUAUUAACAUCAUUAAUCCCUAUGCAAAUUUAAUUAGACAUGUAUUUCACUUCAAUCUCAAAAGAUUGCUACUUUUCAACAUAUCCUGGUCAACUCUUUGGAGAUUAUGUGCCAUCCUCAAGAAGUUGGUUUCAAAAUCAUAUGGCCAAUGUAAACAAAUCUGAAUAUAUAAUAUCAGAACCUUAUUCUAAUUAUUUUGGAGGUGUCUACAUAUCUGGUACGACUAACUUGUACAAUGGGGCAAAUAAGGAGAGAAUAGGGAUUGUUGUGGUGGAUCUAAAUUUCUCAGAUAUUCAUCAAUUCAUGGAAGAUGAUCAAUAGAUGUUGGCUAUGGAUUCAAAUGGAAGAAUUUUGAUAAGUAAGUUGUACACCAUCAACACAUCAGAAGUUUAUUACUUAUACAAUCAAAGUAUUUUCGGUUUCGAUUAAUCAGAUGUUAAUUUAAUACUAAACAAUAAUAGUGAAGAGAAAGUAUAAGCAUGCGAAAUUUAAAUACCAUAGACAAUUUGCAUUGAAAAUAAAAACACUGGAGUAUUGUGGUAUUUCAGAGUAAAGAGAAUGACUGGAGAUUAUUAUGUUCUCUCAAUGUUUAAUUAAUCAGUCUACUCGAACUAUUUUUAAACUUUGAGGACAACACUUUCGAAAAUCUACACAGAAAUAGUUACAGAAUUUGUAUUGGGUAUACUUUCAAUAAUAUUGUCUUGUUUUUGUAUAUACAUAGGUUGUUUUGUUAUACUCUAAAAACCAAUAGAUAAGUUGAUAAAUAGUUUCAAUAAAUAUUUGCUAUAUGGUAAAUAAUUAAGUUAUCUUAUGUUAAAAAUCGAUCAUCAUGAUUAGUUAGAUAAACUAAGUUAGGCCUUUAUAAGAAUUAUGACAAGGUCGAUGUCAAAUAAGGAUAACAGAAAGAGGACUGUAGACAAAUACAUGAGUGAAUCUAAAUAUCCUAUCAAUUUUUAUGUAAAUUCCAAAAUAAUGAAUGCACAAACUAAAUUACUUCUUUAUGUAAAUUUUUAAAUAUGAUCUUAAAGAACUUAGAAAUGAGUUCAUCAAGAAACAAAUUCAUUGAUAAAUUCUUUCAGCGAUAUAGACAGGAGAAUUCUUACCAAAAAUCAUUUUGA